CGGGUGUGACAUGGGAGGUGGCGAAGCCCAAGGACGUCUGGGGAGAGCAGGAGCAGCAGCAUAGAGUGCGUCUCAGUGUGUCGCAGUACCUCUCCACUGCCACGUCUCGCAGGUGCCCAGCUGCUGCCAUGGUGCUGACGCUGGACGUGAGGCUGGACGUAGCCUGGUGGGGCUGUGUUAGUGCCGCCCUCGCCUCGCUGCUUCAUCUUCUGGGUUUGCUCCCCUUCACUGCUGUGUUCCUCACCGCCUGGGUCAUUGCCUCCGCUGCCUGCAUCCUGAUGGCUUUCCUCGAUGUGUCCGUCGCAGGCAAGACCGUUCUCGUCACCGGCUGCGACUCAGGCUUCGGUUUUGCCCUCGCUCAGCACUUAGAUUCGCUGGGGUUCCGUGUGGUGGCAGGCUGUCUGGUCCAGGACGGGGAAGGGGCCAAGCGGCUGCGGGCCUCUGCCUCGCAUCGCCUCCACACCAUCCAGUUGGACGUCACUUCCGCGGACGAGGUGCGCCACGCUGUGCAGGAGGUGGAGGCCCUCAUCCCUGAGGGAGAGGUGCUGUGGGGGCUUGUUAACAACGCCGGGCUUUCUACCUUUGGGGAAGUGGAGUGGGUGCAGGAACACACUUUCAGAAAGGUAUUAGAAGUGAACGUGAUGGGCAUGGUGACUGUGACCAAGGCCUUCCUGCCACUAAUAAGGCAAGCCAAAGGACGAGUGGUGAACGUGGCCAGCAUGUACGGCAGGAUGGCCAACGUGAUGCGAUCACCUUACGUGCUCUCCAAAUACGCCGUGGAGGGCUUCACCGACUGCCUCAGGCAGGAGAUGCGGCCGUGGGGCGUGGCCGUCAGUCUCAUCGAGCCGGGCAACUAUGUAGCAGCCACGAACAUCUUGGCGAACGACAACGUAAGGGCGCACGGAAAGGCGAUGUGGGACGGGAUGAGCCAGGGGGUGCGGGAAGCUUACACACAGAAGUACUUUGAUGCUACCGUGGAGAACCUGCUCACCUAUGCCCACAUCGGGUGCCGUGACGUGAGCGCCGUGGUGGAGGCCAUGACUGGUGCCCUCACCCACGCCUCUCCCCGUGCCCGCUAUAUGCCCAUGGACGCUGCCUGCCGCCUCAAGGUAUUCAUCAACACGCACCUCCCUGAGUACUUCUACGACACCUUCUGCACCUUCACCACGCCCAACCACCCCGCAGCCUCUUCCUAAGAGUCACGGGUCUUGUUGUUGUUCUUUGUUCUCAUCACUUAUUAUGUGCCUUGAAUUAUUAUCAGUUAUCAAACGCUGAUUCUUAGAAGGCGUUAUGAGAUGACACGUGUUUUGCCGAAUCAGUGAUAAUCAGAAUGUUCUCCUUCUGCCAGAUCGAAGUGUGAAGUAUUCAGAGCUUGGUUUUCUGUUGACAUGUAUGUUAUUCUAGUCUUACGAUAAUGGCAAUAUUAAGAAAUAUCUUAGAUUCAGAUUUUGUUAUCAAAAAGUUAAUAGGACAUUGAAGGUAUUGUGCAUAUCUGUGUGAAGUUGUGUGUCUAUGAAGUCAAAAUACCUGACAAAAUAAUAGUAAUUUA